AGGUCCUUUUAGAGCAACCCAAAACCCUUGGAGGAAAAUGGGGUCUCUAAUGGCUUCUUCUGCCACUAUCACUCUUGCAUUUGCCAUAAUCCUUUUCAGCCUCCCAUCUGAAAUCUCAGCCAACCACUACUCCUACUCCUCUCCUCCACCUCCCAAGAAACCUUACCACUACCCUUCUCCUCCUCCACCGUCUCCUUCACCACCACCACCACCCUACCACUACCCAUCUCCACCACCACCACCAAAGAAGCCAUACAAGUACUCUUCACCACCCCCUCCAGUUCCCACAUACCCUCAUCCACACCCCCACCCCCACCCUCACCCUCAUCCUCACCCUCACCCACACCCACACCCAGUCUACCACUCCCCACCACCUCCACCACCAAAGAAGCCAUACAAGUACCCAUCUCCACCACCACCAGUUCACAAGCCAUACCCUCACCCACACCCAGUCUACCACUCUCCUCCACCUCCUCCCAAGAAGCCAUACAAAUACCCUUCCCCUCCUCCACCAGUGCACAAACACCCUUACCCUCACCCACACCCACACCCAGUCUACCACUCCCCUCCUCCUCCCGUUCACACCUACCCUCCCCAUGUCCCCACCCCAGUUUACCACUCUCCUCCACCAUCACCUCACAAGAAGCCUUACAAGUACAAGUCUCCUCCUCCUCCUCCGGUCUACUCUCCACCUCCACCCCACUACUACUACAAAUCCCCUCCUCCUCCUUACCACUACUAGAUACUUCACACUACAUCGAUCUUAAACGUCAAAGCCAUGGACGGGAAGCUGCACUUCUUACCUGCAGAUUCACUGAGAAUUAUAAACGUUUAUCAAUUGUUUAGAGAACCGUGUUUACUUCCAUAGUCAUUAUGUUGUUCUUCUAUUAUUAGACAUUUGUAAGGCAUGUGUUCUACAUGUAUGUGUCUGCACUUGUCUGAAUCUUCUGUAAUUUUCAAAGUCUGCUUUAUCAACCUCACCAAAUAAAUUAUUCCUUCCCAUGGGAUUCACUUUU